AUGGCAAGAUUGACCGACUCCUGCAUCACUGAGUCAUCGCCACAUUACUCACCGGAAGAACAGCUCGACAACAAACGAACAAGAGUGUUAGCAACGAUUCAACAAUCAGCAGCAGCAGAGACAACACCAGCAGCAGCAGGGACAACAUCAGCAGCAGCAGAGACAACAUUGGCAGCAGCAGAGACAGCACCAGCAGCAGUAGAAACAACACCGGCAACGGGAACAACAAUGACGCCAAUCGCUGGUCCUUCAACGACACCAAUCUUCGUCGACGAUUCGCCACCAACACCCGCGCAGCAGCUAGCUCCGACUCAACAAGAAGUCUAUUGA